CUUUAAAUUUUAAAAUGGGUUUAAGUUUAUUCAAUAUUAUUUCAAAAUCAAAUGUUCGAUUAUUUAAACCAAAAUUACUUGGUAACUAUACUGGAGCUUAUAAGGAAUUGAGAUAUACUAGACUUAUGAGUAAUUAUUUACUCAAAACACCAAAAGAAAAAUCCAGUAAAUUUAUAGCUAUCAAAAAGGAAAUAACUGCUGUAAACAAAGUUUUUUUAAGAUAUUCACAUUCUCAAAAGAAUGAAAAUAAUGGUAAAAAUGCUGAUGAUCCUAGAAAUACCAUGAUGAUAAAAAUAAUGAUGGGUGUAUUUACCGGUUAUAUAAUGUUAUAUGUUCUAAGUUUAUUAUUACCUAAUACUUCAAAUCCUGAAGAUAUGCGAUAUAUAUCUUGGAAUGAAUUUAUACAUUUAAUGUUGGCUAAUGGUGAAGUUGAAGAAAUAAUUGCUCGUCCUGAUUUAGAUAUAGUAACAAUACGAUUAUAUGAAGGAGCUGUAAUUAAAGGACGAAAAAUUGAUCAAAGGACAUAUCAUAUGAAUAUUGCUGAUUUGGAAAGAUUUGAACAAAAAUUAAGGGAAGCUGAAAAUAAAUUGGGUAUAAAACCUGGUCAUGGAGUACCAGUGGUGUAUGACCGUUCUCUUAAUGCACCUGAAUUGAUUUUACUUUUAUUUUUGGUUGGCCUUCUUACACUGGCUUAUUUUAGUCGUUCAAAGGGAGGAAAGUCUCCUAUCAGCUUAGAUAUGUUUUCGCAAAUUAAACGAGCCAAGUAUACAUUAGUUGAUCCAUUGAUUGGUCAAGGAAAAGGAGUUCGCUUUAAAGAUGUUGCUGGUCUUAAAGAAGCAAAACAAGAAGUCAUGGAAUUUGUUGAUUAUUUAAAGAGACCUGAUCAUUACAAGAAUUUAGGAGCAAAAGUACCUAAAGGUGCAUUGCUUUUAGGACCACCUGGAUGUGGUAAAACAAUGUUAGCUAAAGCUGUUGCAACAGAAGCAAAUGUACCUUUUUUGUCUAUGAAUGGUUCUGAAUUUAUUGAAAUGAUUGGAGGGCUUGGUGCUGCUAGAGUACGGGAUUUAUUUAAAGAAGGUAGAAAGAGAUCUCCUUGUAUAAUUUAUAUUGAUGAAAUUGAUGCAAUUGGUCGUAAAAGAUCUUCAAGGGGACCAGAAGGUGGUGGUGAUGAAGGAGAACAAACUUUAAAUCAAUUGUUAGUUGAAAUGGAUGGUAUUGGAUCUAAAGAAGGUGUUUUAAUGUUAGCCUCUACAAAUAGAGCUGAUAUUUUAGACAAAGCUUUGUUAAGACCAGGACGUUUUGACCGUCACAUUCUUAUAGAUCUCCCUACAUUAGAAGAGCGUAAAGAAAUUUUUGAACAACAUUUAAAAAUUAAAUUAGAUAAGGAACCUAAAGAUUAUUCGCAAAAAAUGGCCCACUUGACUCCUGGAUUUAGUGGUGCGGAUAUUGCUAAUGUUUGUAAUGAAGCAGCAUUACAUGCAGCUAGAAAUAAUCAAAAAGUAGUACUAGAGACUGAUUUAGAUUAUGCAGUUGAACGUGUUGUUGGAGGAACAGAAAAACGAUCUCAUGCAAUUUCUCCAGAUGAAAAAAAAAUUGUUGCAUACCAUGAAGCAGGGCAUGCAUUGAUUGGAUGGCUGUUGCCAACCACCGAUGCUCUCCUUAAAGUUACAAUUGUUCCGAGAACUAAUGCAGCAUUAGGAUUUGCUCAGUAUACACCCACUGAACGGUAUCUACUUUCAAAACAAGCUUUAUUUGAAAAAAUGUGUUUGGGACUUGGUGGCAGAGUAGCUGAAUCAAUAGUAUUUAAUAGCAUAACCACUGGAGCUCAAAAUGAUUUAGAUAAAGUUACUAAAAUUGCAAAUGCUCAAGUACGUCAGUAUGGCAUGAAUGAUAAAAUUGGAUUAUUGUCAUUUCCUGAAGUUACUAAAGAUAGUGUGCGGCCAUAUAGUAACAAAUUAGCAUCACUAAUGGAAUCUGAAGUUUCUAGAUUAGUUGCUGAAGCUUAUUUCAAAACAGAAAAACUACUUAAAGAAAACUAUAAUAAACUGGAAUUGAUUGCUGAAGAAUUGCUACGAAAAGAAUCUAUAAAUUAUGACGAAAUGGUGAAAUUAAUAGGUCCUCCACCAAAUGGUGAAAAACGUGCAGUAGAAUUGUAUGAAUUCAAUGCACCAGGAAAUUCAAAACCUGUUGAUCUAUCUAAAAAUUAAUAAUGUUUAGUUUUGUUUCAAUAUAAUUUAUUUUUUAUUUA